AUGCUGGCCAACAUGUAUGAGUCAUUUUGGAAGGAUGAAUACUGGAUGCCUCCCGGGUACACAUGGGCUGACUUAGAAGAUUCAGAUGGCAUCACAUACCCUCAUCCAAAAGACCUGCUGGCAGUCAUUCCCCUGACAUUUGUCUUGAUAGUAGUUAGAUAUGCCAGUGAGAGACUCAUAGGGUUGCCUUUGAGCAGAGCCAUGGGUGUGCGUGACCCCUUCAGGAUCAAGGCAACUCCCAACCCCAUCCUGGAGUCAUUUUUCCAAACCCAAAGAAAGAAUCCUGGAAAGGACGAGCUAAAUCACCUAGCCAGCCAGUGUGGUCUCUCUGAAAGACAAGCCGAGCGCUGGUUUCGACACCGCAGAAAUCAAGAGCGACCAUUAAUGAGCAAGAAAUUCUCUGAAACCUGUUGGAGAUUUUUAUAUUAUUGCUGUACUUUCUUUGGAGGCUUGUUCAUCUUCUUCAAUAAAGGCUGGUUUAGAGAGCCAGAGACAAUGUGGAUCGGAUACCCUAAGCAGCCUCUGCAUCCUGGUAUAUACUGGUGGUACCUCUCAGAACUCAGUUUCUACUUCUCCUUGCUGCUCACUCUGUCUUUCGACGUGAAGAGGAAGGACUACCAGGGGCAUGUCAUCCACCAUUUUAUGGCUGUCACUUUGAUCUCCUACUCUUAUGUUGUCAACUUUGUGCAUGUUGGUGCCCUGACGAUGCUGCUACAUGACGUAUCAGAUAUCUUCAUGGAGGCAUGUAAGAUGUUAAAUUAUGCAAAGUGGAAGAAAGCUCAGGACACGGUGUUCGUCCUCUUUGCCCUGGUGUUCUUCACUAGCCGACUCAUUAUCUUCCCAAUCAAAGUCAUCUUUGAUACCUACUAUGUUUUCCAGACAAAUAACCACUUCUUCUUUGGAUACUAUUUUUCCAAUGCCCUCCUGGUGGUUGCACAGAGUCUCAAUCUCUUCUGGUCUUUCCUCAUCUUCAAAAUGUUCUGUAAGCUUUUAUCAGAGGGUCAGCUGAAGAAUGAUAUGAGGAGUGACCUAGAGGAGCCGGACAUAGGUGAUGAGCAGUCAACAACGAAACAGCAGAGUAAUGGAAGACUCCAGUCCAAUGACAUCACAGAUAUUCGGGCCCGGAAGGUUCAAGGGACUAACAAGCUUCCCACUGAGUCCAUCCCAGUGGCAUAACCUAGUCCAGCUCAGUAAGGAUCCCUGGAUACCUGAUCUCUCCUGACUGCCUGAAGAAUGAGUCACCCUGAAAAUCUAUCACAUUCUUAUUGAGCACAGACUCCAUAGAACAAGACUUGUAAGAGAGAGAGAGGCCCUUAAUUUCUGUCCCCCUAUAUCUGUCUAUAUCUCUGUACCCACUUUUAAUGGACCUUAGGGUAGAAGAGGAAGGAUGGGAUAUCUCUGCUGAGGAUGUUAUGGUGAAUUUAGUGAUCCUUCUAUUGAACAACAUUUUCCCCUGAACCAUUGUCCUUGGACUCGGCCAUUGAAGCCUGUCUCUUAGAAGAACAGGGUAAGAGGGAGGGAGAUGAGGAAAGAACCCUUUCAAACCUCCCAAAGUAGCUCUUUCAAACUUCCCUAAGUCACUCACUAUUCCACUCACUAUUCCAGCAUCAGCCCUGGAUUCAGGAAGACCUGAGUUCAAUCAGGCCUCAGAUACUUGACACUUACUAGCUGUGUGACCCUGGGCAAGUCAUUUAACCCUCAUUGCCCCACAAAAAAGAAAG